AUGUCUGCCGACCUGAGCCCCCUCCGCAUCGUCGUUGCUAGUGAUGAUGCUGGCCAACCCUACAAGGAGACUUUGAAGGCCGUUCUCGAGAAGGACCCCCUUGUGGCUUCCGUCACAGAUGUUGGCGUCGAGUCGACCUCUGAUAAGACUGCCUAUCCUCACCCUGCAGUUGCGGGUGCGACGCUUAUUAAGGAGGGCAAGGCUGACCGCGGUCUCUUCAUCUGUGGUACGGGCCUGGGUGUUGCCAUCGCUGCCAACAAAGUUCCUGGCAUUCGAGCUGUCACCGCGCAUGAUCCCUUCUCCGUCGAGCGUUCCAUCCUGAGUAACGACGCCCAAGUUCUCUGUUUUGGCCAACGUGUUAUCGGAAUUGAGCUCGCAAAGAAGCUUGCCAAGGAAUGGCUAACCUACCGAUUCGAUCCUAAGAGUGCAUCUGCCGCCAAGGUCCAGACUAUCUGCGACUAUGAGGCCAAGUUCGCCGGAAGCAAGUAA